GUCAUUCAGACGAUUCAGUUGAAACGUGUUGCGAUUCAUUGUCCGGUUAUUUUGCUAAAAUACUGCGUCUAAAUAAAUAAUAUGGAAGCAAUAGCGUUAGUAGAACAUUUGAAAGAGUUAUCUGAUAAUCCACAAAACAGAUCAACGAUUGUAAAGGAUAAAGGAUGUCUAGCAGGUCUUGUUUUAUUCCUGGAUAACAAUGAGGCUCGAGUUGUGACGACUGCUCUUCAGGCUUUGAAGAAUCUGGCACAACACAAGCCAAAUAGAAGCAUCAUGAAGAAUGAGUUGGGAAUGUUAGAAAGUUUGAGAGCCAUCAUGCACAGAAAUGGUGACGCAAGGACCAAGCAAUUAGCAACAGACGUUUACGAUGCUUUAAACCAAUCACAAGAACAGACCUCGCGCAGGUCAAGUAGCACCUCAAGUCGUCAAUCAACGGUGCUAGGCAGUGCCACUCGACGAUCUAAAACGUACAUCAUUCAAAUCAAAGGCCUUUCAAACCAGAUAACCAAGAGACUUUGUGAAGAGCAGUUACUAACCGUCCGUGGUAUGGUCAGCUUCACAUUUGAUUUGGCAAAAUCUCGAUGCAUCGUGCGUGCGCGACCUGAGACCACUGCAGAAACAAUAUGCAUGGCUAUCAGUAAAACUAAAGUGCUUUCUGCUCAACAAAUUGUCAAGAACGAACGAGGGGAAGAGGUGACUGUGUCUUUCAAGUCCGGCAGUCAAAACAAAAGUAGUGUUCAAGACAACAGCGCAAAUCUACCAGAUUACCUUCCCGAAGAAGACGAAAUUCCCGGGUCCAAAACGGCGUUAGCACGAGUUAAAAAGAAUGAUGACAAAGAAAAUCAAGGAUGGUUUGGUUCCGUUGGUAGUUUCAUCAGCAAAACCUUAUACUGGUGAAAUACACAUGCUGUACAUACCUUGCUUUAGUACCGUGCUUAUUGCGAUGGUUCAGAACUUAUGAAGAUGCAUUUUAAAACAAAUGAACAAACUUACUGAUCUCUCAACUGAAAAGAUGAUACAGCUUUAUUUUCAUCCCCAUGGUUUUUUCAGUAAUCCUUCUCGGGUGGCCAGCACAAAGAAUGACGGUCGACUCUUUUCGUAGAAACAAAUCUCACUUCGGUU